GAUCAGGGUGUUUAAUUGUUGCUAACCCCAGUUUUUUAACAGCAUCGUGGCUAAUUACGUUCGUACAACUGCCCCCAUCGAUGACCAUUGACCAAGCACCUCGUGUGGAAGAGGUUGGUUCGUUGGCUUUCUUCCGCCUCGGAUUCCAUGGUCAAGGCUCUAAGAUUAAUCCCAAACAGAAAUGGACCCUUCUCAGCCUCAAUCUCUUCUUCGACGUCUUCAUCAGACGAGUCCUUGAGCACUGUCUUAUGCUCCUCUUCAUUGUUAGAGACGUAGUCACCAUCUCGGAGGACCAAGGUUUUAACAUUGGGGCACUGAUUUGCCUUAUGUCCUUGAUCAUGGCACUUGAAGCACUGAAUCGAGCCACUGGAACCCCCUGCACGUUCUGGAUUCGUCGUUGAAGCAUUCCUUGGCGCGAAUUUGGCAGCUCAGGUUUGUGUGGGAGAGGGGCAACCUCAGCAGCACUUUCAAUAGCAGGUUUGUGCCCAGCAAACUGCCUCCCUGAUGUGGCUCUUUGCUACUUCUCGAUCUUUACAGCGAGGUGCACAACUUCCUCUAAAUCAACAAACGCUCUUAACUCAACCUCCUGACGAAUUUAUCAACCUAACCCGUGUAGAAACCGAGCAAUUGUAGCUUCCCUGUCCUCCCUAACGUCAGCUUGCAGCAACAACAACUCCAAUUCAUGAAAAUAUUCUUCAACACUUCUCGAUCCCUGUUUGAUUCCUCGUAGUGAUUCGUGUAGCUCACGUAGAUAGUACCCAGGGACAAACUUAUCCCUCAUAAGUCCCCGUAACUCGUCUCAUGUCGUCAUAGGAGGUUGCAAAUUUCGUCGUCGACGAAGUUGCAAUUGUUCCCACCAUUGAGUUGCAUAGUCCGAGAAUUCGUACGUAAUCAUGGCUAACUUCUGUGGCUCGUUGAAUUGGCCACAUUGGAAGAAAAGGAUGACCAUUCGCUCCCAAUCGAGGUACGUCGAAGCACUCAACGUUACCUGAAAGGUCGGAAUUGCCAGCUUGAUUCCUUGAGGAAUUCCGUGCUCUGUUCCCGGUCGUCCAUCCCUAUGUUCGCGGCGAACACAGAAGCGUCAUUCUGGGUCGUGAUCAGCCACCACCAGCCUCUGUUCGAGCUCCUGGAUUCGCCUCGUCGGCCUGCUCCUCCGGUUGAGCUUGGUGGUUACCGUCGUGCUCUGCCACAUGUCUCGGCAGAACAGGGGCAUGGACGGUCGUCCUAAAUUCGGCCAGUUGCCUCUGAAUUUAGUCGAAUUGAGUCUGGAACGUCGCCACAAUUGACUGCAGCAGCUCCGAAUUGUCAAUGGAUUCCUCAGCCAUCGCUUGAGCUUCAAUUUGUGUUGCUACUGUGGAUUCGAAAGUGCUCUCUGCUUCGUUACGCAGGAUCACUGUCGACAAGACCCUUCGACCUCGUCUAAGGGGUUGUCCCGACAUCGGUUGUUGUCGUUCGGGCUACUGUGUUUGAACCUAAGAAUCUGAUGCCACUUGAUAACACCCUCGAAGGGUGAUUGGUCUCCAAAUUCUAGCUUGAGACAGAAGCUCGAAAUUUCGUGAACAACUAGCCAGCUGGGGAUGGAAUUCGAUGUGCAAUCCUACACCUGGAGGAAUGCUCAACGAACAAAGUCGAUGCUCGCCCACGAUCAAUGGGGUUUUGAUCGAUACAAGAGCUCAAUUUCGAGCUUGGUUUUCUCGACCAAACUCUCAACCAAAAUAAAGCACAAAACUUAGUUUUAGGGUUUUCAAUUCUUCCAUUCUUCAUCGUCUGACUAUUACAAACCCUUCUACGUACUUAAAUACAACCAAAACAAAACCUAAAACAGAAAGAAACCAAAACAAACAAGGAAACAAAGUAAUAAGUCUGAAUCCGAAUGCAAUUCGGAUUACAACUCUGCCUCUUCCGCCAGCAACUUGCACAACCUCGAUCCCAAUUUGGAGCUGCUCGAUCGUGGCUUCCAGGUACACACUUCCUCAUCCAACGCCUCGUCGCAGUAGUAAAAGUUGCGUAAUUUCAUGUGAGGCAAACUUCGGAACCCGACUCUCAUCCCUUCUCUUCGAAUUAAGCUCCAAUCUUACCAUCCUGAGCUCGCCCAAUACCUUAGCCAAAUCCGGGCAGUCUGCCCGUGCUGGCAAAGAGUUUGGUCGAGCUUGCGGUACACAGUUUUCAGCCUUACCUCGCGAUCCCAGGCACUCCAAGUUGUAAAGAAAGUUAUUGGCUUCAAAACAAACCCUCCACCUUUCAUUUUCAUCAACCCAAACGAAUGGACCAGGCUGGCAAAGUGAGGUACACGAAACAGCUUUACCACACAGCCAAAAUUUCAAGUUUUUCCAAUGAGUUGAGUUGGCUUCUUAACCAAGCAAUUCCCAUUUGUAGAGUGAUCCAGUUGGGGUCAUAUCACAAAGUUGAGUGCGUGUUUUCCCCUCCCAACUAGGGAUGGUAACAAAACUCGAACCCAUAGGUACCCAGCCGACCCAACUUGGUCAACGCGGGUAAAACCCGUGUUGACGGGUUUUGGGCCGGGUUUGGGUUUAAACCCGCUACACUAUUCACCGGGUCGGGUUGGGUUUGGGUUUAGCUAAACCCGCUCCAUGGGUACCCGCCCACUCACAUAUAAUUACUUUCCCGGUAUAUUUAAUAUUCUAAAUAAUAUUUCUUUAAACAACUAAUAUUCUUUAUGUUUGUGGAGACAUGUAUAAUUUGUUCUUUCUAAUUGUUUAGAAUGAAGUUGAUAUUAUGAAGUGGAGAGUGAAGAAACUUAGUCGACGAGGAAGAAGCUUUCAAUUAAUCUUAUUGUUUAUGGAUGUUUAUUUUUAAUUUUGAACAAUUUGUAUUGAUCAUUUGCGGUUUGCUUGUAUGCUUUAGAUUGGUGUUUUUUGUAUGAAUAAUUUGUAUGAGAAAAUUUAUGUUAAACUUUUAUUUUGAAAAAAACUUGUUAUUGUAAAGUUUUUACCACAAAAACCCACGGGUACUCAUGAACCCGCGGAAAGCCAGCGGGUUGGGUUUUAGUUUUUCAAACCCAACGGGUUUUACCCCGGAUUUUUUUGGCGGAUAAAUCCAUGGGUUUGGGUUUGACAAAACCCGCCCCAACCCGCCCCAUUGCCAUCCUACCAACCUAAAAGCAUGUAGUGCUGACGUAUAUGCCAUGUAGAUAAUAUUAAUUAAUAAAAAAAUUUAACUGUUCACUAAAAUCAACAAAAUCCUUCUCUCACCACGCUGAACUCGGGGUUUGGAUCUUUGUACUGCCAAACUCUUCUGGUAAUUUCAGAUCUCGCGGAGGGCGACAGUUCCGGACCUUGCCGCCGAUGGACUUGCAAGCGAUUUGCUUGCUGCAGGCCAAUUUCUUAGUGAGAGAAUUGAUUUUCGAUGAGUUCCCGUGGUAUUUCAGGCUCCAACCCACUAUUCUGGGAAUUAGCAAAAUUGGUUUGUUAGAGAUUGGGUUAUCUGGGAAUCGCCAUUCUGGAAAUUGCUAGCCAUGGCUUCAUUGGGUAGCAAUUGGGUUAAGCAGGGGUGUUCUUUGUCAUCUCCGGCAUCGGCAAGGUAGCUCGAAUCCUCUUCUUUUAAACUCCUGAAUUCAUUACCAAUUCCGCCGGAAUCGAUCUCACCUUAGAACAGAGGACUAUUACCAAUCCUCGCUCGAGCGGUGGCAACGCGUUAUUCUUGAGAUUCGAGUCCGGAGAAGCGCGAAAGAUCGAACCAGAGCAGUCGACGGUGUGAUCCGAUUCUGGCCGACAGGGGAAGCAGCGACGGCUACGGGAUCUGGCGGCGGCGGCGAAAGACAGUACAGGGGACUGAUGCAGAGACCGCGGGUGAAGAACGCGACAGAAAUGGGGAGCAGAUCAAGUGAGUAAUUGAUGGGUCAAUACCCAUCAGUAACCCCUUCCCCGGUCCCACGUGUCAGCUUUUUUUUUUAUUUAAAUUAAAUGCAAAAGGGCAA